AUGAGAAGAUAACUCUUGUUCAACAUGUAGGUAUUCUAUAUGCACGUAGCUUUGCCUUCAUAAUAAGGCCGUGUAGCGAUUGAAAGCUCUAAAUUAUUACUUGCAAUUUAAAACACAGUGGCCAUCGUAAUUACGUUGAAUUUGACCAGCAUGAUUUGAUAAACAACACGCAAUGUCGGACUGGGAAAACACCGACAUGGACGUAGAUCCCGAGUUUGAAGUGGUGGCUGCUAUUGACUUCGGCACCACAUACUCGGGCUAUGCCUACUCAAUGACAGAUGACUACAAAAAGGACAAACUUAACAUCUCUUCAGCAACGUGGAAGUCCGCCACCAUGAUUUCCCCUAAGACCCCCACGUCCGUGUUGCUGGAUUCUGACAAAGCAUUGGUGGCCUUUGGAUACGACGCAGAAUCCGAGUAUACCCUUCUGGCGGAGAAAAACGAACACGAGGACUUCUACUAUUUCAGACGGUUUAAAAUGGAACUUUUCAACGAAAUCAGAGAAUCCAAACUAACACUGAAAACUACAAUUCGUGAUAUCAACAAUAAGCGACUUCCUGCAAUAGAUGUGUUCGCACAUGCCAUUGGCUACUUGCAAAAGCACCUGCUGGACCAUUUAAACAACCGUGGAAUGGAAAUUAUACAUCAGCAUAAAAUUCACUGGGUGCUUACUAUCCCUGCCAUAUGGGAUGACCCUGCUAAACAAUUUAUGAGAGAAGCCGCAAAAAGGGCAAAUAUUCCUAGUGAAAACUUAACAAUGGCAUUGGAGCCAGAGGCAGCAUCUAUAUACUGUAAACACUUAUCGCUAGAGCAGGGCGAUGACCAAAAAAGCUUCAGUGUAUUUCAGGAAGGAAGUCGUUAUUUGGUCUUAGAUGCUGGAGGGGGAACUGUUGACAUAACAAUACAUGAAAUUCAAAAAGAUGGAAGAAUAAGAGAGCUUGAGCUCGCCUCCGGUGGACCAUGGGGAGGUACCUAUGUAGACAAAGCCUUUUACAAAGUCUUAUCAGAAAUUCUUGGUCCAAAAGAAUUCGAGACAUACAAAAGAGAGCAUGCCUUAGACGUGAUGGAGAUUUACCGCGAGUUCGAACUGCAAAAGCGGUUUUUGGAAUCAGAAUGUGAACAAGGGGAACAGAAAACUCCGUCUCGAAAUAUUACAAUAAAAAUGCCAGUGACGUUGAAGAAUUACUGUAAACAAAUUCAUCACAAGGAUAUUCAAGUUGUGACAAGUGAAGCCUCUUGCGGCGAAGGCUUAACUUGGAAUUUGGACAAACUUCGAAUAUCUUCAAAACGUUUGUCAGACAUGUUUUCAGAGGUUUGCGAUGAUAUUGUUAAGCAUAUAACAAAACUUCUAGAGUCUUCGAAAGUUAAAGGAACAAAAACUAUUCUUAUGGUGGGGGGAUUCUCAGAAUCUCAGUUCUUGGAAGGAAAGAUAAGAUCGUCCUUUCCAGAUAUGGAUGUAGUUGUACCCAAAGAAGCAGGACUAGCAGUACUGAAAGGGGCGGUCCUCUUUGGACACGAACCUAAUGAAAUUUCAGUGAGAGUCGCGAGAUUAACGUACGGUGUAUGUACAUGUGAGGAAUUUGAAAAAGUGAAAGAGCUCCACCCUCGGACUAAACCAAAACUCAUGAAUAAUAAAAAUUACUGCGAAAAUAUUUUUAGUAAACAUGUCCAGAAAGGAGACGUGUUAGAGAAGGAGGAGACCCAAGAGGGCCGGCCCUACGUCCCCUUGCACCCCGGUCAAAAGAGCAUCAUAUUCAAUAUAUACACGUCAACCGAAGAUAAUCCUAAAUUUAUUGACGAUUACGGGUGUAAAUAUUUAGGAACUCUUGAAGUUGAUCUAUCUAAACUGAGUUACGGAUCCAGAAAGUCUGUCCGGGUUAAGUUCAUAUUCGGCGGCACUGAAAUAAAAGUCGUAGGUAAAAUAGAAGACACAAACGAAGAAGUCGAAGUUAAUUUCAACUUUUUAGAAGAAUCCCCAAAUGCCCUUGACGAAAAGGAUGUUUAUUUAGAUAAAUAGUUUUCCUUGACUGUGUUCAACAAAAAAUGAGAAACGAACACGCAUCGUCGGAUAUCCACAGGCGAUCACGUCCAAGUACCUUGGGUGUCCAAAGAUGAUUAACAUGUAUUCUUAUUAUUAUGGUAUUGUUUGAUUUACAGCAAGAAAUAUAAGAUAAAUGCUUAGCCUAUAGAUAAGAUUGUCAAUCCCCCGAAAAUCACUCCAAAUGCUUUGAAAUAGUUUUGAUUCACAAAAGCUGAUAAAAAAUGAGUUCCUGGAUGACGAGAUGAUGCAAUUUCAAAUCAAAUAAAAAUCAACGAGUUGUGUUCAGAUGUCUACUUAUUUAAUAAAUACCAUAGGAAUUUUGAAUAGUCGAAACCGUUUUUUUAAUUGUCGAAUAUUUCAAUACAUGUAAGAAUCAAAUUUUGUUGGCGCUUAUUUUCACAGAAACUUUAACGAAGUCACACUAACGAUCUCCGAUCCUCAGCAAUGUUCGAUAAAAAAUUACCCGGAUUUCUGUUUUACAAUUUUAAUUAGUAUUCUUGUGUUAGUGUUGCCACCAAUCACACAAUUACUUGUUUGGCGUAUUGGAUCCAUGGAGAACUCCGACUCAUUUAUAUUCUUUUCAGUGUGUUUUUCCUUUAAAUUCGGUGAUCUUUAAUUACCUCUAAAUGCAACAACCUGAUAACUGCGUAUGUAUUUACAUGAAAUUAACAUAACUAGUUCUCAAACAUUGAUUUCUAUUUCAUCGGUAUAAAAUAUAUUUCAUACAUGUUGGUAAAACACUUUGCAUUACAAAACAAUAAAGUUGAUUCUAUUGUUAAAAGCAAAAUUUGAAGAGUUAUUUUGCAUGGAAUAUAUUUUCAAGCUUGUUUGAACAGUUUAAUGUGAUAACCAGUUUAAACCCGUUUUAGAAAACGGAUGUUCAUACUGUAACUAGUUUACUC